UCCAGGCGGUAAGGCCCCCUUUGAUCAGGAAAAUCCAAUUAUUUGUGUAUAUACAUUUCCCACAUAGUGAUUACUUCAUUAAUUGUCCCGCCUUUAUCUCCUCCCUUCCCAUCCCCCCUAAUAAUCAGUUCUUUUAUCCAGACCAACAAACACACCAUAGGAGCUUUGUGGAUUCAAAGGAUUUGCUUUCGCUUCUGAAAGAGCCGCUAUUCUUUGAUGAUUGGGUAGCGGCAAACUUCAAAGCCAUAAAUCUUCCCUCUGACUGGCUGGCGGCCCAGCAAAGUCCUUAUCAAAUUCUUGGAGGUGAUCCUGAAGCGCUCAGACCGCGCGGGGUGCGAGCGAGCGGGGUGCGGCGAGGGGUGCAAGCGGGGAGGGCCCCGGCGCGCAAAACAGGCGCCGAGGAGGGACAUUAGGCAGCCCUUGGUCCUCGCCUUCGGGUCUCCAUGCCUCGGCAGCGCCCUGCUCCACAGCCAACGGCCCGCAAGCCGUAGCCAUGGCCGCCGUGGCCGUCCUCCGGAAUGACUCGCUGCAGGCCUUCCUCCAGGAUCGCACCCCCAGCGCCUCCCCAGACCUGGGCAAGCACUCGCCCCUGGCGCUGCUAGCCGCCACCUGUAGCCGCAUCGGCCAGCCAGGCGCCACGGCACCCCCAGAAUUCCUGCAGGUGUCCUACGACCCCGCGCUGGGCUCGCCCUCCAGGCUUUUUCACCCGUGGACCACGGAUAUGCCCGCUCACUCGCCUGGCGCGCUGCCGCCCCCGCACCCCAGCCUGGGGCUGACGCCGCAGAAAACGCACCUGCAGCCUUCCUUCGGGGCGGCGCACGAGCUGCCGCUAACACCCCCUGCCGACCCCUCGUACCCCUACGAGUUCUCACCGGUGAAGAUGCUGCCCUCGAGUAUGGCGGCGCUGCCAGCCAGCUGCGCGCCAGCCUACGUGCCCUAUGCAGCCCAGGCCGCGCUACCACCCGGCUACUCCAACUUGCUACCCCCGCCACCGCCGCCCCCGCCCCCCACGUGCCGUCAGCUGUCCCCCAACCCGGCCCCCGACGACCUCCCGUGGUGGAGUAUCCCGCAGGCAGGCACCGGUCCGGGAACCUCGGGGGUUCCAGGGGGCAGCCUCUCCGGCCCCUGUGCUGGGGGCCCCCACGCGCCGCGCUUCCCCGCCUCAGCCGCAGCUGCCGCCGCCGCUGCCGCAGCCCUGCAGCGGGGCCUGGUAUUGGGCCCUUCGGACUUCGCGCAGUACCAGAGCCAGAUCGCUGCGCUGCUGCAAACCAAGGCCCCCCUGGCGGCCACGGCCAGGAGGUGCCGCCGCUGCCGCUGCCCCAACUGCCAAGCGGCGGGCGGCGCCCCCGAGGCAGAGCCGGGCAAGAAGAAACAGCACGUGUGCCACGUGCCAGGCUGUGGCAAGGUGUACGGCAAAACGUCGCACCUGAAGGCGCACCUGCGGUGGCACACGGGCGAGAGGCCCUUCGUGUGCAAUUGGCUCUUUUGCGGCAAGAGCUUCACUCGCUCAGACGAGCUACAGCGGCACCUGCGGACUCACACCGGUGAGAAGCGCUUCGCCUGUCCGGAGUGUGGCAAGCGCUUCAUGCGCAGCGACCACCUUGCCAAGCAUGUCAAGACGCACCAGAAUAAGAAGCUCAAAGUUGCUGAGGCCGGAGUCAAGCGUGAAGACCCGCGGGACCUGUAAGCCCACCUGGGGGUGGCUCAAGGCCUCUCCUACUUCGGACUCUUUACCCAGCACCUCUUCCGGGAGGUUCCAGGGACCUGCCGGCAGGAGAGACCCAAGAGAGGCCUUUGCCUCUGCCUGCUUGCCCUCCUCCCAAAGCGAUGCCAGGCCUCUAGCUUCUCUGGUCCGGCCUGCGGACAGGGACCCUGUGCCCAGGAAGAGCAGGGGAGGUAGGAUUGAGAGCUCUGCAUCAGGAAAGAGUGGUUCCAGGCUCUGAACCAUUCCCACCGUCUGGGAGACCUGCAGUUUGAGGGGACCACCCUGGGCUGACCUUUGUAUAUAGGGAGCUCCGCUGAAUCAAAGCGGAAGGACCUUGAGAGAUUUGAAAUAGUGCUCGGGUUUUUUGCUAGGACUGGGCCGGGCUUUGUACAGGUUAUUUAAUAGCUUUCUUAAAGAAUAAUUAUAAUAAUUAUAACAUUAAUUAAAAUGGUACUUUUGUCCUCCAUGCAGAGCUACAGCAUGAAAUGUCUCUGUAAAGCAAUCAGCAGUUUCAGCGUGAAAAUAAAUACGUUAACUCCGGGGUCCCCUCGGGAAGACCCCCGCUGAGCCGGUCUCAUUUGAUCUUUUCUUCUUCCGGGAGGCUUUACAAAGCGGUCAGGUUUCACCGGGAAUUUGAAGGCUCCUGUGAGGCUGCCUGUGUCGGAGGCUUCUUUGGUUUGGAAGGUUCUGGGCAAGUGUGUUGGGUGCAAAGAUGCAGAAAGUGGGAAGGCAAGGUCACUUUUGUGGAAAAGAGGUUAGGGCAAGAUUUUCCAAUCACAACUUGAAUUUCUCACGCGGUCUUAGUACCUG